AUGACUUCUCCUGGCAAAAGGCAGGCGUGCAUGGAAUGUCGUCGCCGGAAAGUGAAAGUGAGUGAUGUCGAUCCGGGAUUUCGCGAAGCAAGAGUCGGCCCCAUCUGGCUAACGAGGAAUGACCAGUGCGACGGUUUAUCAACGUGCAAGAACUGCCAUGCAGCAAGGACACCCUGCCGAUACGCGACCCCACAAAAAAGGGGUCCAAAACCAGUCAAAUUGCGAGACCAUAGCCCAAGAGAGUCUCUCGAAUCAACUUUCCCCGCUACAGCUUCAUCGGUUGAAUCGGGUGGUGCUGGGCUCCUCGUUGCCAGGGGGUCUUCAUAUCUGGCUUCCGACAGCCCUUUAUCGAACAGCAUAACGUCGCGUCCUCUACUUGAGCUCCUAGGAAGCCAAGCCCAAACCGCUGCUCAAGUGCACCUAGACCUCCUGGCAGGGCUGCUGAUUGCAACUCCAUCCCACACAGCGGCGUCAAUCGCAGAUCACUGCAUUUCACUCUACACCCAGUACAUUUUCGGAGCAGUCCCCAUAUGCCAUGAAAGUCGCCUUCGAGAAACUGCAAAUCGUUUCUUAAUCUUGCCCUCGGGAGCAGACGACCUUGCAGACCGCCACGCGCGGAUCUGGCGCUGUUUUGCUGCUGAUACUGAGCGGGAGCAGGUUGAGAUCCUCCGGAGUCUCACUCUUCUCACAGCCCUAUGUGCAGAUGUAGCAUACGUUGUCCCAGACUCUCUUCUACCCGACAAGCAUCUUAUUGCCCCACUAUUCCUCCGCGCAUCACGGCAGACACUCAGGGUCUACGAAGACUACGACAUCGAGCACCCCAACUCCUCGUCCCUCAGCAUCCGCAUGCUACUCUCGUCAGCUAUACAGCAAGCCACCGGGAAGCAGGAGGUGGCUUUUCAUAUCCUGAAUGAGGCGGGUCUCAUGGCAAUGCAAAUGCGUCUUUAUGACGAAAGUUCACUCGCAGGACAGGAGCCCGUAGAGGAAAAUAUCCUCCGAAACGCCUUUUGGCAGCUCUACGUCUGUGACAAGACUGCCUUGGUUAUGAAGACUCGCCCGGUGACGAUUCACGAACCGCUGUUUGAAGGCGAACUUACCCUCAAGGAUCAUUCUCAAAACCCCGUGCCACUCUUUGUACACGGACAGGAACAAAGUGAUGCCGGAUUAGAAUACCAGCUUUUGGAGAGAUUCCACGUCAUACGGCGCCUGUGGGCCUUGGCUGCGAGGGUUAUCCAAGCCAUGGUCUCAAAUUACAGAACAUCGUCCGACCCGAAUAGCAAGACAGAAACAUCUCCCGACAGUAUCGCGCGGGUAUCUGAAGUAUACUUUGAGCUGAUCAUCUUGACGAACGACUCCCCAGCCUGGGUGCGGUCACCAGUGGAUUCAUCUUCUGGCCUUCCUCACGGUGCAGACCCACGCCUGCUAGACAUCUUGCAGCGGCAGCGAACGACGUAUCUUCUCAAUCUUCACAGCAUAAAGGUUUUCGUGCUGGAUGCCGCGAUCCAGUGUGGUAUGACGGAGGCUAUUGGCCUCAGCGCGGAGCCCCUGACGCUUGCCAUGAGGCAGAUCGAACUAGCCCAAGAUUUCCUAAACGUCCUUGAGAGCGUUUCCUUUCUACAUCUUCAGGUGGAGGGAGAGCACUGCGCUGAGAAGAUCAGACACGUUGGCAGCGUGCUACUCAAGCUAGCACAUAGCGGCCUGAAUGAAGCAGUCAAAUCACAGGCGAAUCGAUUUGCUAUGCGCUUGAUUGACAUGUUAGUCCGCUUGGAUUCAAAAGCAUCGGACGUGCUGGGACAAUGA